GACAAUCGUAAUGUAUGACAGUUGACGUUUAAAACGUCAAAUUUGGUUGUUUAUCAUUUUUCGACUGUCAAGUUGUUUAACCAUUUCAGAGUCGAAAGAAGUUGUUUUGUGAGUUUAUUUUUGAAUUUUAUCAAAAAAAUGGGGAAAAUGUACUAUUGUGACUAUUGCGAUAAGCGAAUGAGAGACGAUCCGAAUAUUAAAAAGAAGCAUAAUGAAGGAUUACCACAUCAAAAAGCACGCAACGAACAUUAUGCUCAUUAUAAAACUGCCCAAGAAAUAUUGAGAGAUGAAUAUAAGAAGAAACCUUGUGCAAAAUUUCCAAAUGGAUCUUGUCAGUUUGGUGCUUCAUGUCGAUUCAGUCAUUAUACACCAGCACAAAUCGAAAAGGUUAAGGAACAAGCGGAAAUUGAAAGGCAACAAAAAACAUCGAGGCAAGAGUCCAAAAUCUAUUCGAAAAAUAUGAUUGACGAAUUUAUGAGAAGACGAAAAUCGGCGAAACAACAAAAUGACCAGCGAUUGAUACGGGAAUUUUUCAAUUAUCCAGAGGAGUUGCUCAAACAUCAAGAUGAAUUGCCCCCAUCUUUGCGGCUGAUCACACCUGAAAUAUUGCAGACAGAUUUCAAACCGACAUUUUUUGGUUAAAAUAAGACAAUUUUAUUUGAAACGAAUUCCAAUAACGAACCAAACAAAAUAAAAGAGAAAAUACACGCUUAAAA